GCCGGAAGCGCGGAUAUCCCCGUGCCCGCCAUUUCCGGUUCCGCCGUUCCGGUUCCCGCCGCCGCCGCCGCUCGUGUCUGUGAGGGGAGGACGCCCGCGGGGCUCGCCAGCCGGCCGCCAGGAUGUCGUACAUGCUGCCGCACUUGCACAACGGGUGGCAGGUGGACCAGGCCAUCCUGUCGGAGGAGGACCGGGUGGUGGUCAUCCGCUUCGGGCACGACUGGGACCCCACGUGCAUGAAGAUGGACGAGGUGCUGUACAGCAUCGCCGAGAAGGUUAAAAACUUUGCUGUUAUUUAUCUUGUGGACAUCACUGAAGUACCAGACUUCAACAAGAUGUACGAGUUGUACGAUCCCUGUACCGUCAUGUUUUUCUUCAGGAACAAACACAUCAUGAUUGAUUUAGGUACAGGUAAUAACAACAAGAUCAACUGGGCCAUGGAAGAUAAACAGGAGAUGAUUGACAUUAUAGAAACUGUUUAUAGAGGAGCCCGCAAAGGUCGAGGUUUGGUGGUAUCGCCGAAAGAUUAUUCCACUAAAUACAGAUAUUGAUGUUUCUUUGGGCUGCCUUUUUUCAUAAUUCUAUGUCCACUUAAAUUUAUUUCUGUGUAUGUGUGUACAUAUAUGUAUAUUAAAAGAGAAAACCCUACAAGUCUUUGAAUUUUGGGCAUAAUUUGAGUUAUUUAAAAGAUUUGUAUUCUGUUUGAGAAGUAGAAGACUCAAAGCCUGGAACUGUCUUGACAGCUGUAAUACUACAGCUGAAUUUUGGGCUUUUCUUUUUUAAAGACUUUCUCCUUUGUUGUCAUUUUGGUAUUACAUAUUUUUGUACACAAAAAGCCUGUGUGCAGAAAAACAUUUCAACUGGUUUUGUUUGCUUUUAUUACACAAAUACCUGGGAAAACUAUACUAUAGUUUUUUAAAAAUAAUAAAGUGAGUACCACUUACCCACCUUAAUUUUAUUCAGCUAAUUAAAUUUGAGAAUGAAAACAGGUGUAAUUGGAUGCAAAUCUGUAAUGUUGAAGACUUCUUACUUUUGUCAGGAUUUCCUUGUGUAUCAUAUUAGUCUUCUGUAUCCACUAAAAACGGGAAUAAAGCACCAAGGUGCAUUUAUUAAUA